GACAUGACAUGACGGAACAUGCACAGAGUAGGUACUGUCAAGUGUCAAAUUAAUUAGAAUUCGUGGCUCGGCUAUUUUAUUUCAGCUUGUUUUUCAGUUUUCAGCGUAAAUAUAAUAAAUUACGGUUUCAGUGUAGUGGAAAUAUAUGUAAAAUUGAGCUACAGCCAUGGGUAUAGCAGUGAGCCGCUACUCGGACCUAGCCGACAAUGAGUUGCUGAUACGGUUCUGCUCAACAGAAGUUUUGUGUCCAAAUGAACCAUUUUGGAAUCAACUCCUGGCAUUCAAUAUAAACCCUCCGAGCAGUGCUGAAGAACAGUUGAUAUUUGACUCAAGCACUGAGGCCCUGCUGCAGAAGUUUCUGGUGAACAACCCACAGACGGGCAACCUCGGCUCGCUGGUGCAGGUGUUCAUCACCAGAGCCACUGAGCUGCUCGCCUCGCCCAGCACUGACAAUGUGAUGCUGGCAUGGCAGACAUACAACGCGUUGUUCGUGAUACGCGGCGUGGUGAAGUACCUGGUGGAGGUGGUGCCUGAGUACCGACUCGGCCAGCAUCUGGACGUUCAGGGGAGCCGGGGCGAGGAGUGCGAUCCAGUUAACUCACCACCCACACCGCCCACUUCGCCUGUGUCCGGCUCGCCACCCACCCCCGCCACGCCUACUCAAGACUCGCCUACCCAAGACUCGCCUACGCAAGACUCGCCUAUCCUCCCCGUGGAUGCGUUGAAAGAGAAGCCUCUGAACAGUGAAAGUCGGCUGGAGAUGCUGUGUGACGCAUUGAUUGGACUUAUUUGUCAUGUUAAUGUUACAGACAACACAUACUACCUGCACUUGGAGUGUAUAAACACUCUCCUAGUGCUCAUGUCAGUGUAUAUGUUCGCCAACGUGCACGGACAGACGAGGCUGGUCGAGACGUCGCUUAUAUACAGGACAAUAUUCGUGGGUCGCUACAGCCUGCUAGCUCCGCUGCUGGUCCGAGCUCUCCUCAACAACACCAGCGCGCUGCGAGCCGCGCCUGAGCAUAAAUUCGCCCCGGGUGGAGGUCACAAUAGCCUGGUCAUUAACUUAGCCUCGGGCCUAUGGAACAUGCUAAGCUUCAACAAGUCCUACCAACGACCGACUCUACUGACCAAUCCGACGACAGAUCCGGCGACUGUUAAACAGCGGUUGCUGCAUGAACAUCCGGUAGCCAAUCAGAGCUGUUUGCUGCUGCUGGUGUUGACCAAUCACUGCGUCGGGAAUAAUCUGUAUAGGACGUAUACGUGUAUGUGCGCUGAUACUGCAGACCCUGCUUCAACGACGCCGCAGAAGGAAGGCAAUGCACAGAUUACUCCGCCUAGGAUAGAAAUGGCUGCUCUCCACCGCGCCCUCUGUGCCACAGCCUCCUGCGAACACACCACGCUCCUCAUCUACCUGAUGCUGCACUCCAGUGCCCACUACCGGAGAUAUGUGCACUCACAUCCACACGUGGAGGAGAUGAUAAUACCAAUACUGCAAAGUCUGUACAACGCGGAGGACAGCACGUCUCACCACAUGUACAUGUCGCUGAUUGUACUGCUCAUACUCACCGAGGACGACAAUUUAAUCAAAAGUGUUCACCAGAUUAUGAUAAAAAACCCCAGCUGGUACACCGAGCGAGCGAUCCCGGAGAUCAGCGUGGGAGGCCUCAUGGUACUGGUCAUGAUCCGUACAGUACAGUACAACAUCGUGCGGGCCAGGGACAAGUACCUGCACACGAAUUGCCUAGCUGCUAUAGCCAACAUGAGCUGUGAAUUUAGGAAUCUACAUCCAUACGUGGCGCAACGACUAGUCGGCUUGUACGAGACGUUAUCAAAGCGACGGGCGAGACUGUCGGACGAUUUAGAAGAAAAAGACCUCGUAGAAACAGAAGUAAAUGAAACUUGGGAGCACAUGGGCGCUCUCGACGAGGUGCUACGAAUGUUGCUGGAGAUCAUGAACUGCUGUCUCUCGGCGCAACUGCAAAAUAACCUUAAUUUAGUCUACGCGUUGCUGCACAAGAAACAUGUGUUUGAAACCGCGAACAGCAAUGUGGCGCUUAAUAUUAACAUGGUGAUAGGUUACUUCUCGUCGCGGCUGCAACGGGUGCAGGAGGGGGCGGGGGGGGACCUCGGAGUCAGCGAGGUGCUCGCGUGCAUCAAGAAGGGCGCUGAACAGUGGUCUAACGAUCGGCUUCAGAAAUUCCCCGAACUAAAAUUCCGUUACGUCGAAGAGGAAAAACCCGAAGAGUUCUUCACUCCGUACGUGUGGAGCCUCGUCAGCAGCUGCGGCACCAUCUACUGGGCCAGCGAGUGCAGCGCCAGAGCCGUUAGAGACCUGGUGUGCUAGUGUUAGAGCCCGUCCGUGCUAGACCCCGAUCGUGCUUAAGAUAACAAGUGUGCUCGUGUGAGCGCAGUUAGAGACCUGGUGUGCUAGUGUUAGAGCCCGACCAUGCUAUUUUUAGACUCUGAAAGUCCUAAAGGGCCAUCCGUACUAGUGUUAUAAUGAUCUGGUGCUCUAAUGUUAGAGCCUGACCGUGCUGUGUUAGAGCCUUGUCGUGCUGGAGUUAGAGCCUGACCGUGCUAGUGUUAGAAACUUUGAGGGUGAUUAUUAGCGGUAUUGGAAUUAAUUAAAUGAUAUGGCGACUUAUCUAAAAGGACAGUAUUAAGGUGCGUCUUAUACCUACGCUCUGUUUAGUAAUGUUCGCUAUUAUAUUUUUAUGAUGUUUACUUUUAGAAUUUGACAGUUUCACACACUAUUCAGACGAAAAAAACAUUACUGUCGUAGGGAUCAAGAUCACAAUCGCUGAAGUUGCACGAUGGAAAAAUCAGUUUACUAUUUUAAUUUUUUCGUAAAUUUUAUUGCAACACGAAUGAAAAAGCAUUAUGUCAAGUUGAAAUCGCUAUAAUUCUAUAACUUUCUUCGUGUUCACAACCAUCAAGGUUAACUGGAUGACAUGGUAUUAGCAUCAGUUCGCCUAUGUACAAAAAUUAUGUGCAAUAAAUAAUUUAAUAAUAAUAUAAUGUAUUGUUUUUCAGUAAUCCAGUUGUUUCGGGUUUUCCGUUUGUUGUUCAUUUCUUCUAUGUCCAUAUUCUGGUCGCGAUGUCCAGGGGUACAUUAGGUGCCAUCUCAUCUUGUUACGGGGCCUGAAAACAUAUAUUCAUCGUAUGUAUUAUCGAUAAAUUGGACAGUCAGUAUCCUAUCCAACUUUGAGGUUGCUUUUAUACCAGAGAUACAAAACGCAAGGUAUUGUUUUGAAAUCAAACCAGCAUAGGUUUUAUUGUAUUUUGCAUGUAUACUAGAUACAUAGUAAUAUUUUUAUUAGAAAUCUACCUAUAUUUAAAAGUUAGUUGUUUUUUGCUUUCCGAUUUAAACAACAUUUUUUUUUCUGUUAGGGUUUUAUUAAUCUUUCUUUCAUUGUUAGGUUUAUUUAAUUCAUAAAGUAGAUUCGAUUAUGGCACUUAUUCUCAAAAUGCCAGAAGGUACCAAAUAGUGUAUGUAAAUGCGAAUUUCAACACAAUAAUGUAAAUAAAUAUGCACUUAGAUUUUCAUAUAAUAAUGUAGGUAACUUUACAAAUUUAUUGUAGAUUUCGUAAUCAAUAGAUAAGACUUUCGAUUUGUUUCUAUUUAAUUAAUUAUUAAUAAAUAAUUUAAUUAAAACUGAUAGAGGUAUAUAGAAUUUAUUUCAUUAGCACCUCAAAAUCUAACAUGGCCUUUUCGUUUCUCACUGCUUACUUACUAACCCUUUAGUUUAAAUUAACUAUAAUCUACAAAAAUAUUGGAUAUUUCUUUAAUCUUUGUAUACUUACGAAGAAAUCGAAGAGUCCUAGACUUCUACUAGUAGUAUUAUACUGAAUUUAUAGCUGUAAUUUUCAAUUUAGAUACUUAUGUUUGUAAAGAAUAUCAAGUAGGAUAUUGAAUUUUUUUUUUAUUAUUCUUAUUAUACCUACUAGCGGCUUAAAGUCAGUCGGGAGGCGAUACAAUUAUGAUAAUACCUUAUUAUUUUACAUAUUUAAAUAAAUUCUAUUUAAUUA